AACAAGUAAUACAAUUUGUAUUUCUAACAGUACAGCCUCAAAUAAUACAACUUAAAAAUGAAACCACCUUUGAAAAUGGCCAAGCCACUCUGAUAUGUGAAGCAGAAGGAGAACCAAUUCCUGAAAUUACUUGGAAAAGAGCUGUUGAUGGAAUAACUUUUUCUGAAGGUGACAAGAGUCCAGAUGGUCGAAUAGAAGUCAGAGGACAACAUGGAAGAUCAUCACUACACAUUAAAGAUGUGAAAUUGACAGAUUGGGGGAGAUAUGACUGUGAAGCUGCGAGUAGAAUUGGAGGGCAUCAAAAGAGCAUGUACCUUGAUAUUGAAUAUGCUCCAAUCUUUGUGUCAAAUCAAACAAUUUAUUAUUCUUGGGAAGGAAAUCCUAUCAACAUAAGUUGUGAUGUUCUGUCCAAUCCAGCAGCAUCUAUUCAGUGGAGAAGAGGAAAACUGGUUUUACCUGUAGAAAAUACAACUCAUUUAAAGACUCAUGGUAGUGAAAGCAAAUUGAUAUUAGAGAUUGCUCCCACAUCUGAAAUUGACUUUGGACAUUACAAUUGUACAGCCACAAAUAGAAUAGGGAAAAGAUAUCAAGAAUAUAUCCUUGCCUUGGCUGAUGUACCAUCCAGUCCACAUGGAGUGAAAAUUGUAGAUGUAUCACAGACCUUUGCUAAAGUAUCUUUUAAUAAACCAGAUUCUCAUGGAGGUGUCCCAAUUCAUCAUUACCAAGUAGAUGUAAAAGAAGUCACUUCAGAAACAUGGAAAGUUGUUCUUUCACAUGCAGUCCAGACUACGGUUAUUCUCAGCAAUCUGGAACCAAAUACAACAUAUGAAAUAAAAGUUGCCGCUGUAAAUGGAAAAGGGCAAGGAGAAUACAGUAAAAUUGAGAUAUUUCAGACUUUACCCGUUCGUGAACCAAGUCCUCCAUCAAUUCACGGACAACCAGGUAGUGGGAAAAGCUUUAAACUUAGCAUAACAAAACAAGAUGAUGGAGGAGCACCUAUUUUAGAGUAUAUUGUAAAAUAUAGAAGUAAAGAUAAGGAAGAGCAAUGGCAAGAAAAAAAGGUUCAUGGUAAUAAAGACUUCAUUAUUCUUGAGCACUUGCAGUGGACAAUGGGUUAUGAAGUGCAAAUUACAGCUAUAAACAGGCUGGGAUAUUCUGAACCAACUUUAUAUGAGUUCAUCAUGCCACCAAAGCCCAAUAUUAUCACAGGUACAUUGUUUAAUGGACUUGGACUUGGUGCAGUCAUUGGACUGGGUGUAGCUGCUCUUCUGCUAAUACUUGUUGUGACUGAUGUCAGCUGCUUCUUUGUACGGCAGUGUGGAUUGCUAAUGUGCAUCACUAGAAGGAUCUGUGGGAAAAAGAGCGGGUCCAGUGGGAAGAGUAAAGAGCUGGAAGAAGGAAAAGCAGCAUAUUUGAAAGAUGGAUCAAAAGAACCAAUAGUUGAAAUGAGAACAGAGGAUGAAAGAAUUACCAGUCACGAAGAUGGAAGCCCAGUAAAUGAGCCCAAUGAAACAACACCAUUAACAGAACCAGAGAAAUUACCAUUAAAGGAAGAAAAUGGAAAAGAAGUUUUAAGUUCAGAUACUAUAGAGAUCAAAGUAUCCAAUGAUAUCAUCCAGUCAAAAGAAGAUGAUAGCAAAGCAUAAAACAAC